AUAGCAUUCCAAAGCCGGACGCGUUCCAGUCCUACAGCAGCUCCGUCUUUACACUUUUCUUUUAAAUAGUUUUUCAAUUCGUCCUUCAUCAAGGGUCAGCAUAUAUAGUGCAAACAACAGACAUGGAUAGCGACGUGAGCGAGAAGACGCUACAAGAUGUGCACACGAAGGAGAUAGACCUCGUAAAUCGGGAUCCCAAGCACUUAAAUGAUCAUGUUGUAAAGGUGGACUUUGAGGAUGUGAUCGCCGAGCCCGCUGGCACCUACAGCUUCGACGGCGUGUGGAAGGCCAGCUUCACCACCUUCACCGUCACCAAGUACUGGUGCUAUCGGCUGCUGACGGCAUUGGUGGGCAUCCCACUGGCCCUGGUCUGGGGAAUCAUCUUCGCCAUCCUCUCCUUCCUGCACAUCUGGGCUGCUGUUCCAUGUGUCAAGAGCUACUUGAUCAAUAUCCAGUGUAUGAGCCGGGUCUACUCCAUCUGGAUCCACACCUUCUGCGACCCCUUUUUCGAGGCCAUUGGCAAGUGUUUCAGUGGCAUCCACAUGCGCCUCACCAAGGAGGUGUGAGGAGGAUGCAGCCAUGAGGAGCACCACACCUGCCAGAGAGAGCACUUGGUAUUGCCCACAAGGGCAGACAACUGAGAGGGAGGUGGGGCCUAGCGGUCACCUGCCCCUCUUUGCCAGUGAAUGCUUUCUCUCUGCCUAAAUUCAUCAACAUGGAUAAAGAGCAAAAUCCAUGGCUUCCUUUGAUUCUCUUCUUUCCUCUGCUGUCACUACGGGACUUAGGGUCUUCUCAGACCAUCCAGAGCACUCUGGGAUGUCCCAGGGCUGUCCAUCUAGCUUCCCACACACACUUGCAUGUGCCUGCCGCUCCCUCCUUGUGAUCAUAUUUAGCCACUGCAGAGGAACCUGUUUGUGCGCUACAUUCUACACCAUAAUGUCAAACUGGAAGCUCGUAUCCUCGGCCUGGCUUGACCCAUGUGUCCAUUGCACUCCAUGAACGUUACGGUACAUUUGAUGCUGACUGCUUAGUGUAACAUUGGCUCCGGACUGCUUUGUGUAGCUUAAUCCAUGGGCUGCCUAGCGUACCGCUAGCUCCAGACCACGCAGUAUAGCAUUAGCCCUAGACCAUAUAGCAUAGCAUUAGGCCUGGGCCACUUAGCAUAGCUUUAGUCCUAAACUAAGUGGCAUAGCAUUAGCUCAGGACCACUUAGCAUAGCUUUAGCCCCAGAAUCACCAGAUUCCUCCCCCCAGUGAAACCUCUGCAAGGUGGAAAUGAGUUUUUGCUACUUUUUACUGAGUCUAAUCCACCAUGUAUAUGAGCAUUAUUUAACAACUGUGAAAACCUGCAGCUCUUUGUCAGAGAAAGCAACCUGGCAUGUGCAGACCUUGUGACCUGGGGCUGCCUUAUAUCUGACAGGAGUCACACUCUGUUUGACUGCUGUUCCUGUAAUCUGACCAUGUUUUGUGAUAAAAGUGAUUAUUUUAAUACUGUGCUUUUACUGAGCAUCACAGCUAGAUACAUUAAAAGCAUAAUCACAAGCAGAUUGUUCCACUUCUUUACUAGUGGCUUGUAAGUCAAAUACUUUAAAUAUCUUUUAUUAAAACACACUUGCAUUGCUCUGGAUCAGCAGCCUGGAAGGUGGCUGGAUGCAUGGCCUGGGUAACAACACCGUUAAAAUCAUAUGAAUCUAUUUAAAAAUGUCCCCCCAUGUCUGAUGUCUGAUGACUCUCCAUACAGGGAGAGUUUCUGGUGAUGGUAGCUUUGUAGGUCUGCGGGACGAUAAUGAUAACGCUCACGUUCACCUCAGUUUUGCUCUCACCGUAAUGUUCAAAGAAGCAGAAAGACAGAAGUCACUUCACGUCUCACUUAAUUCACCUUCAGUUCAGAUUUGAGAGACUCCCUGGAAAUUAGGGAAGCCAAGUUUGUUUAUAUGGCCUUUCGAUGUGCUUCGCAUAAAACAAGAUCAAAUAAAAGUAAUCAUUAAAUGUAAAUUUAAAAAACAAGUAAAACUCGAUUCAAGUAGCAGUAAUUAAAAAAGAACGAAUAAAAGACACUAAAAUAAAAAUAAAAGAAAAAGCAACAACAUGGAUUAACUAUUUAAAGCUGUGAUAUUAUGCCUGUCAAAGUGUGUCAGCUUCGCCAUUUCAGAACCUCUGCUAAAUUCAUCCUAGUAUUUGCAGUGACCGUCCAGUGCAGCCAUGUAUUUUUUGACUUGGCCACUAACACACCUCAUACAGCUAGUCAAUCUGUCACUGACUUUUUAAACCAAUAUAUUUAAUUAUUUAAUUGAGCUGUUGUUGAAAUUUAACAAAAUCAUGGAACAGCUGAGUUGCCCCUGAGGAGCAGUUUGGGAACUGAAGCAGUGUUCAUCUAGCCAUCCAACUAGACAUCAGUAACUUUUGAGAAAACAGAAGAAAUUAUUACUAGUUUUUAUUGUGUUACUCUUAAUUUGCACACGUUCUAAUGUUAAAUUGUGUUUUUUGUUCUAAGCCAAAGUACACUUGCUACCCAGAUAAACAGCUUUAAACAUUUCUUUGGACUCCCAAAGACCUUUGCACAGUACUGUAUUAUAACAAGAGAAUCCACUGAGCAGACAGAACAGAACUUAUCGCAGUGUGUUAGCCUGUAACCGCAUUGAUCUGGUGAGCAUUUUUCUAAAGCCCAGAUCUUCUGCAGUGGACCUUAAUGUCUCCAUAAGUAUUCCCAUCUUUUCACUACGGCGAUCACACACCUUAUUCCUGGAAAGAAUUCAUGCGAGAAGAAACAGCAUGACAGAUGGAGGCUGCCUUGCUUGACACGGCUGCGUCGGUUACACAAGGGGGCUGCAAAAUAAACAGAUACCAGAUCAUGAGUCAGCAUGGUGUUCCUGGUGAGGACAGUGACAGAGUAUAUUACAGGGCAGAAAGUUACUAAAGGUGUCUUCAGACAUUCCUACAGUAUGAGCUUUGGCUGCUCACAUUCUCCAUGCCUGUCUAGUUUGUCACUGCAUCACCACUCUCUAAGCAAAGACUGCGAUGACUCGUGUGACAUGGAUAGGAGAUCACUGGCUGCCAGUUCCCUGUGUGCAUCUAGGAUGAGAAAGAGAGCUGGGAAAUACUGGCUGGCCCCUCACACCCAGGUCGCUACCUCUGGCAGCAUCUCCCGGUUUGGCAAAAGCUGAGUAAGAGCACCAAAUACGAGCACAGCUCAGCAUCAGAGCCGCUUCUUCCCCAGGCCACUGCCUGCAAAACCAGGCCGCAUGAGAAGCUCACUGGCCCCUAUCACUCCUUUCCAUAUUUAGUUACCAACUGUAUUCUAUAGUCCUAUUGGCGCUAAGCCUUUUUGCACAAUCCCAAACUGUGCUCACCCUACUUUAUAUGCUUAUAUGUCAGGGGUGGCCAGUCUUACCCAGAAAGGGCCGCUGCGUGUGCGGGUUCUCGCUGCAACUGCCUAAUUAGAUUACUAAUUAGAGGACUGAUUGGCUAAAGAGUCCUCACACCUGAGUUUUACCAGCUGACCUACAGGUUACCCCAAAAACCCGCAUACACACCGGCCCUUUGCGGAUAAGACUGGACACCCCUGCUGUAUGUCAUCCUGUUAAUUAUCAGCACAUUUUCUUAUUCUGUAUCUCUUUUUACCUUUAUCAUAUUUAUUGUUUUGUGUCUUUUUUUGUCUUAAGAGUAUGAAAUUAUGUAGUCCUGCCACCACCAAAACAAAUUCCUUGUACUUUUCGUCCAUUGGACAAAAAAUGAUUCUGAUUUCUGUAUAUGCUGGAUGUAGCUGAUGCUGCCAUCUUCUGGUGAGCUUUCAGAAAUGCAACACAAACAAUGUUUAAAUCAAGCGCCAAACGGGCAGGGUUUAGGUAUAGAAACUAGUGACUGCCAAAUGAAGCUUCAUGAAACAUCUGCUGUCUAUUCUGAAUUCACUGCUCUCUGUUCAUAAAGGACUCAAAGAUACAGCAAAUAGUUCGUGAAGCUUCAUUUGGUAUCACUAAUACAAACCAUGUGGAAUUAGACUGAUAACCACAACAACUCGAUUUGGAAAAGACAGCUUUAUAUGAUGCACCUGGAUAAUGAGAAGACUUCAUACAAAACCCCUCAAAGUAUGAUCCAGAUAAAUCAUCACAAUAUUGUGUAUAAAGUAUUAAUCACCUGGGAAAUUCAGAGACUGAGGGGCCCCGAAUUUUGUAUGAUUACCCACAAGUCCUUGCUGACAUGCCCCCUCACAGGUCACAGUUAGAGACUCAUCACGCCCCAUCAGUAAGCAGGCUUAUAUCUCACAGUUAGAGACUCAUCACGCCCCAUCAGUAAGCAGGCUUAUAUCUCACAGUUAGAGACUCAUCACGCCCCAUCAGUAAGCAGGCUUAUAUCUCACAGUUAGAGACUCAUCACGCCCCAUCAGUAAGCAGGCUUAUAUCUCACAGUUAGAGACUCAUCACGCCCCAUCAGUAAGCAGGCUUAUAUCUCACAGUUAGACACUCAUCACGCCCCAUCAGUAAGCAGGCUUAUAUCUCACAGUUAGAGACUCAUCACGCCCCAUCAGUAAGCAGGCUUAUAUCUCACAGUUAGAGACUCAUCACACCCCAUCAGUAAGCAGGCUUAUAUCUCACAGUUAGAGCCUCAUCAUGCUCAUGUAGUCCAUCAGAUAAUUUUGUAUUAAUGUUUUAAGCAAGUCUGACAGCACUGUUUUAAGUUGUACUGCUUGUGGUUUUGUGCGAUUACACGCUCUUUGAAAACUUAAA